UCGAGCGAUCCAUUGCCAUGGCAAACAUAGCACAGCAGUUCAUGCUUGAGCUGACAGCUCCACGAGCAUGGUUGCUGCUGCUCCUCCCUGUCUUCCUCUUGCUCGCACGCUACUCGUUCCGUGCGAAGAGGGCGAGGAAGAUGAGGCAGCAGCAAGACGACCACCUACCUACUUCGCCUCCGGCGCUCCCGGGCCUCGGGCACCUCCACCUCGUGGGCUCGCUCCCGCACGUCUCCCUCCGGAGCCUCGCCAGGAAGCACGGCCACGACCUCAUGCUGCUCCGCCUCGGCGCCAUGUCGGUCGUCGUCGUGUCGUCGCCGCGCGCCGCGCAGGCGGUGCUGCGCACGCACGACCACGUGUUCGCGUCCCGGCCGCACUCUCUGGUCGCUGAGAUCGUCCUCUACGGCCCGUCCGACGUCGGCUUCGCGCCGCACGGGGAGUACUGGCGGCAGGCGAGGAAGCUCGUCACCACGCACCUGCUCACCGUCAAGAGGGUGCAGCUGUUACGCCACGCUCGCGAGGAAGAAGUGAGCAUGGUGAUGGCCAAGAUCGGCGAGGCGGCCGGCACCGGCGCCGCGGUGGACGUGGGCGAUCUGCUCGGCUCGUUCACGAACGACCUGGCCUGCCGCGCCGUUAUGGGCAAGUCAUCAUCCCGGAACGAUGACCGAAGCAAGCUGUUCCGGCAGCUCGUCGUCGACACGUCCCCGCUUCUGGGAGGCUUCCACGUCGAGGAGUUCUUCCCGUUCCUCGCUCGCUUCGGCGUGCUCAGUAGGGUGGUUCGCGCAAAGUCCGAGAGAUUGAGGAGGAGGUGGGACGAGCUGCUGGACAGGCUGAUCGAUGACCAUGAAAGCAAGUACAAGCCGACGAUGGCGGCGGCGUCGGCGAGUGAUCAGAAGGACGAGGAUGACGACUUCAUACACAUCUUGCUCUAUGUGCGGCAGGAGUACGGCCUUACCAGAGAGCACAUGAAAGCUAUCCUUCUUGACGUGUUCUUCGGGGGAAUAGACACAGCAGCUGCGGUACUUGAGAACACCGUCGUUGAGCUCAUGAAGAAGCCACGCGUGAUGAAGAAACUCCAAGCCGAGGUGAGGAGCAUCGUGCCCAAGGGACAAGAAAUCGUCGGCGAGGCCGACCUGAACGGCAUGGCCUACCUGAGAGCCGUCAUCAAGGAGUCGCUCCGGCUGCGCACCGUGACGCCGCUCCUCGCGCCGCACUUCUCCAUGGCAAGCUGCAGCGUCGACGGUGUGGUGGUACCCGCCGGGGUGCGCGUCCUGGUCAACGCCUGGGCCAUCGGCAGGGACCCACGCUACUGGGGCGAGGACGCCGAGGAGUUCGUCCCCGAGAGGUUCCUCGACGGCGGCAGCGCGGCGGGCGUCGGCUUCAAGGGGAACGACUUCCAGUUCCUGCCCUUCGGCACCGGGCGCAGGCAGUGCCCCGGGAUGAACUUCGGGAUGGCCGCCGUCGAGGUGAUGCUGGCGACCCUCGUGCACCGCUUCGACUGGGAGAUGCCGGCCGGGAAGGAGGCGCGCGACAUAGACAUGUCCGAGGAGUUUGGGCUGGUGGUGCACCGGAAGGAGAAGCUCCUCUUAGUUCCCAAACUACGCGUGUAGCUCCAUACGCUGCAUCCAAGCGGUCCAUGUCAAUGAUACUAAAUAUAGCUACAUUGUUGAACAGAUGGAAUACUUUGUAUAUCACAGCCUAUAGUUCAGUUUUCUAGAAUUAGCAAGAUUUUAGGAAAUGUGUGUGAAAACGCAGUUGUGCAGCCAUUGUUUUCUGUAAGAAGCUCUAUGGUAUGUUUGGUUGGGCGUAAUUAGUGUUAGAGAAAAAGAGUUUAGGAGUUUAGAGUUCUCUUCCUUGUUUGGUGCAAGUGGGAGUUUUGGUGAGGUGGGGAAUGGGAGUUUAGAGGGUCAACUACCAACAAUCUCUCACCAAGGGGAGGGUGUGAAUU